AUGAGGUUCGAGACUAUCUUCUUGCUUGCCCUUGGAGGCGUCGCUUCUGCUACCCGGAGCGCAGUCGUCGAAGGAACCACCAUUUAUGCUGAUGGAACCACCAUCUGGGCAGAGAACAUCACCCCCGCACCCUCCGUGCCUCAAGCGACCAGGACUGUAGAAAUUGACGGAACUACCAUCCACUACGACGGCACCACCAUCUGGACUCUCGCAGUGGUGACGGCCACCGUACACUGA